CUCUGCCAGGGUGUUCUUGAUAGCGUCUUUCAGCAACUGCAGUACUGUAUCGUAUCUGUCUUCCUGAACGUUGAACCCAGAGCACCUUAUGCAAGUGAUUUACCACUGAGUUUCUCCCUCAACCCAAGACACUUCAGUCAAUUCAUGAACAAUGAACUCCUGCAUCUCACCAUUAGUGCCACAAGCUUGCCUUGAACAGGACAGGCUAGGUCAGGCCUUUGAAGAUGCCUUUGAAGUGCUGACACAGCAUUCUGUAGGAGAACUUCAGUAUUCCCCAGAACAUAAAAAUUACAUGGCCUUCAUUAACCAUUAUCCUCACAUCAGAGGCAACCCCAGCUACUGUGGGAUGGUCCCCACAGAGGAACCCCUGUACGACUGCAGAAGCGUCACUAAUGGCUCUGUGGACUGGUAUUUGGAAGGGAGUUUUCAUCAGCCUCUGCAGAACAUAACUGAAAGCCAACUGGUACAAGCCUCCCUCUUCCAGCAAAAGGGAGGAAAAGUCAGGAGGAAGCUUCGGCUGUUUGAAUACCUUUUCGAAUCCCUGUGCAAUUCGGAGAUGGUGUCUUGUAUUCAGUGGGUCGACAGAACCAGGGGCGUCUUUCAGUUUAUAUCAAAAAACAAAGAAAUGCUUGCUGAGCUUUGGGGGAAGAGAAAAGGCAACCGUAAACCCAUGACUUACCAGAAGAUGGCCAGAGCCCUGAGGAAUUACGCCAGAACUGGCGAGAUCACAAAGAUCCGGAGAAAGCUGACCUACCAGUUCAGCGAGGCUGUUCUCCGUAGACUAGCUCCGCCUCACUUCCUGGGGAAAGACCUCUUCUGCUCACAGUACGGCCAGCCUGAUCAGGAAUAUCUCCGCCUAAACCACUGGAAUGCAAACUACUAUGCUCACGCCAGUUACCAGAGCUGAUCCAUCCUAGCUUCUAACUGUACCCUCUCAGCCCUCGCCUUGCUAGCACCAGAAAACUCAGGCUUCAGAAUUUUUCCAAAGCAUGUAACUUGUUCUUCAUAUUCACAGAUUUUACACCCAUGAGGCAAAAAACAUCUAGGGGGCAACUCUGCAGAACGUGUUUGGACUUUUCACCUUGUCCUGACAAUUUUUUAGGAAGUGUUUAUACUAUAUCGGUGUUAAAAGGAGCUGAAAGCUGUUUCAGAGGGGUUCGUAUAGUUUGCCUGCAGAUGCUUUGCUAGUGUCCAUGGACUGGGCAGCCAUCCUUCUGAGAAAUGCUGCGGUCCACUGGGUAAUUUUACUAAUAAACAAUUGAAUUUUAAGACUGAACGCCUCUUGCUAUGGGAACACCUUUCCUCUACGACAUGUCAUUGUGGAUGGUUUUAUAGGGUGAUUUUGCUUGCUUGGAGACCAUCUUCCUUAAUAACCUAGACUGUCCUUGAUUGAGUUAAUGGAAUAGUAGGUAUGUGCCACCAUGCCAGGCUACGCAUUGAUUUAAAAGCACUUUCUUGUCAUGUGCACUAGUGUGAUACAGAGCUUGUACCAAAAGCCACAUGUUUUACCAUAGUAGAUGUUUUUUAUAGUCUAAUCCACAAUUUUAUAAAUAAUAUUAAAAGUAUGCUGCAAUUCAACAAA